AUGGGACGACGGACGUACGCGAGCGAGUCAGCAGAAGCGUUGCGAAGAAAUAUUGGAAUCUCGGCGCACAUCGAUAGCGGGAAGACGACGCUCACGGAACGCAUCUUGUUUUACACGGGGAGGAUCAACGCGAUUCACGAGGUGCGCGGGAAGGAUGGCGUGGGGGCGAAGAUGGACUCCAUGGAGCUCGAACGUGAGAAAGGUAUCACGAUUCAAUCCGCGGCGACGUAUUGUCGAUGGAAGGAGAGCGAUAUUAACAUCAUCGAUACCCCAGGGCACGUGGACUUUACCAUCGAAGUCGAACGCGCGCUGCGCGUGCUGGACGGCGCGGUGCUCGUUCUGUGCUCGGUGGGUGGUGUGCAGUCGCAAUCGAUCACGGUGGAUAGACAGAUGCGGCGAUACAACGUGCCGAGAUUGUGCUUCGUGAACAAGUGCGAUCGCGCGGGGGCGAAUCCGUGGAAGGUUCUCGCGCAGGCGCGCGACAAACUGAAGCUCAACGCGGCGGCGGUGCAAAUUCCAAUCGGAUUAGAAGACGAGCACGAGGGUGUCGUUGACUUAGUGCGAAUGCAAUCUGUUGUGUUUUCCGGUGAAAACGGGCAGACGCUGACAGUGGGUGAAAUUCCGGCGAAUUUGAAGGAACUCGCCGAUGAGAAGCGCAAAGUUCUCAUCGAGUGCGUUUCCGAAGUCGACGAAGAAUUGGGAGACUUGUUUUUGAUGGGUGAAGAGCCAACGACGGAGCAACUGUUGGCGGCGAUCAGAAGGGCGACAAUCGCAAAUACGUUUUCUCCGUUGUUCAUGGGCAGUGCGUACAAGAACCGCGGCGUUCAGCUUCUUUUAGACGGCGUCGUGGACUAUCUCCCAGCGCCGUCGGAGGUGCAAAACGUCGCUUUAGAUUUGAAGAACGAAGAAGCACCGGUCGUUUUGUCCAACGACCCAUCGAAGCCGCUCGUUUCUUUGGCAUUCAAACUCGAGGAGGGUAAAUUCGGGCAACUCACGUAUUUGCGCGUGUACCAAGGCCAAAUUGAUAAGGGCAUGACCAUCGUCAACACGUCGACUGGGAAGAAGCUCAAAGUUCCUCGACUCGUGCGAAUGCAUAGUGAUGACAUGGAAGACGUGAACUCCGCUCCAAACGGUGACAUCGUCGCACUUUUUGGUGUUGAGUGUAAGAGCGGUGACACAUUUACGGAUGGCAGUGUGAACUACGCGAUGACUUCGAUGAAGGUUCCUGACCCCGUCAUGUCUCUCGCAGUGAGUCCGAAGAGUAAAGCCGAAAGCGGCAACUUUAGCAAGGCCCUGCAGCGCUUUCAAAAGGAAGACCCCACGUUCCGCGUGCACAUGGACGAAGAAAGUGGGCAGACUAUCAUUAGUGGUAUGGGUGAGUUACAUCUCGACAUUUAUGUCGAGCGAAUGCGGCGAGAGUACAAGGUUGACUGUGAAGUCGGUCAGCCGCGCGUAAACUACCGAGAAGCCAUCACAAAACGAGCCGAGUUUGAUUACUUGCAUAAAAAGCAAUCUGGUGGACAAGGUCAAUACGGUAAGGUUGUUGGAUAUAUCGAGCCAUUAGAAAAUACCACCGAAGUCAUCUUUGAGAACGGCAUCAUUGGUAACGCCAUCGCCCCUUCGUUUAUUCAAGCCGUGGAAAAGGGUUUCAAAGAGGCUGCGCUCAACGGUGGCUUGGUCGGUUAUCCCGUUGAGGGCAUUAAAAUUGUGCUGACGGACGGUGCUUCGCACGCUGUUGAUUCGUCUGAGUUGGCUUUCAAACUCGCCGCGCUCGCGGCGUUCCGACAAUCGUUUCACAACGCGUCGCCGAAACUCUUGGAACCCAUCAUGAAGGUGGACAUCACUGUCCCUUCUGAAUUUCAAGGUACGGUCAUCGGUAACAUUAACCGACGUAAAGGGACGAUUAACGACUCUACGGCGGAAGGUGAUGACGUGAUAAUUAGUUCGAUGGUCCCUCUGAGCCAGAUGUUUGGUUACAGCACCGAGUUGAGAAGCAUGACGCAAGGCAAGGGAGAGUUUACGAUGGAGUACGGCUCUCACCAGGCUGUGACGCAGGACGUGCAAGCUGAGUUGAUCUCCACGUUGGGCAAAGUAAAAAAUUGAUA